AUGUUGAUCACUAAAGAGAAUCGGAAGAAGAUAUAUCAAUAUCUCUUCCAGGCCGGUGUUAUGGUAGCAAAGAAGGACUACAAUGCUCCAAAACACAAGGAUAUUGAUGUACCAAACCUCCAAGUCAUCAAAGCUAUGCAAUCUAUGAACUCUCGAGGCUACGUCACAACCCAAUUCUCAUGGCAAUACUAUUACUAUUACUUGACCGAUGCCGGUAUUGAAUAUCUGAGAGGAUUCUUGCAUCUCCCUCCAGAAAUCAUGCCUAGCACACUGAUGAAAUCAAAGACUACUGGUAUCCGCCCAGGUGGUCGUGAGGACCGUCCUCCUCGUGAAGGCGGUGACCGAGCAUACCGUCCUCGUGGUGAUGGUGAAGGAUACAGGCGACGUGAUGACGGUGGAGCCAAACCAGAAGGCGCUGGUGGUGGUUUCAGACCCGAAUUGCAAGCAUGUAUGGGCCGUGGUAGACCAGCUGCUGCUCCAGUCCAACAGUAA